GGAGGGCGACAUGUGGCGGCUGCUGUGGCCCCUGGCGGGGCUGCUGCUGGCUGCCGGUUGCGGGGAGGCUGCGGUGGCGGCCCUUCUCCCCCGGAGUGCCGCCACCGCCUCCCCGCGCCCCACGGAGGUGGCUGGCGGCGGCGCCACGCGAAGCGGCAGCCGCCUGGCCGAGGUAUCGGCGCCGCCCGAGCAGGGCCAGCCCAUGACCCAGCGCGCCUUGUCCGUGCUGGUGCUGGCCAGCGCCGCCCUCCUCGUCUACUUCGUGAUCCGGACCGUGCGGCUCAGAAGGCGACACAGAAAAACUCGAAGAUACGGAGUUUUGGAUACAAACAUAGAAAACAUGGAGCUGACCCCGUUAGAGCAAGAUGAUGAUGAUGAUACAACACUAUUUGAUGCCAAUCAUCCUCGAAGUAAGUGCUGGCAAGGAGACAUAUCCGUCCUAUGAGAUGCCCUCCUGAGGAGGAUCACUGUCCAGAAACAAUGUAUGAACCUGCAAGCCACCAGGUUGGAUGGGUUUGCCGUUCCUCAUGUGAAUUACAAAGUGUGCAGCAGAUCAUGAUAAUCCUGCCAGUGCAGAAGGCAAAGCUGGUGUGUAUGGAGAUGCCUGAAGGCCUAGUUCAUGGUCACCUGGCAGAAGUUAAGGACCCACUAUUUCCAACAGCUUUGAUGAUUGUACAGAACAACAUUAGGCACCAGAGCAACAGAGGUAAGGCAGUGCUGCUGACAAUGUUGUAGUUGUUGCCCCAUGUUUCAAACAGGUGCUAGCUUAUCAUAGGAGACAGCUACUGGAGUUCUGAUACUGAUACACAUGAGUGUUGUUUACAGCCAGUAGGCUUAAUGUAAGUAUGCAUGAAUCACUUCUGCUGAGACAAUGCUGUCAUUUCACUCUAUUCUUUUGAUUGUGACAGCAGGCUCCCUAUGCUAGUCACUGGAUUUCUUGUCUGUGGGCUGGCAGUGUUGGAUAUGUGUCCUGAAUUCUGUGGCCCUUGCACUAAAUAUUUCAGGUGGUGCCACAGACCAUGAUUAUAAUCAUGUUAAGCGUGCAGUAUCAAACUGCUGUGCUGCUCAUCCCUUGAAGGUUAGUGUUGCCUGCUUCAGGAUUGCAACAAAAGCCCAGAAAAUGCAGGUUGCUGAAUUGAACAUAGCACCAACUCCAACAACUGGCUCAGGAAUGUAACCUUCUGCAUCCAAAAAUUUAUGGGUACAGAAGUUGAGGGGAUCAGCCUGCAUACCUGUAAUUUUUUAACAAUGGUGGAUGUAGGUUCAAAAACUGCCAACAACUCAAAACUACUUGGACAACAACUUACUCUUUCUUUCUGACCAAGUUCUUGCAGAUUCACUAGCUGUCUCUCUUGUGCUUUACUAGAUGUCUCUUGAAGUUCUACUUGGUAAAAGCUUUGUCUUCUCUACCUCCACCUUGUAGAUCAUAGAUUGAUGCACCAUACUGGCUCAAUGAGGUUUGUGUGGACAUUGAAGGUAAAUGGCAGGCAGAGCUUAAAAACCCUACACGAUAGAUGAGAAAGGUGCUGAUGACUUGGUAGUGAGAAAAGGCCCAGAACAGACUUGCCAAACUUAGAGCAAAUCUUGUGAGUUUUGCCUUAGAUCCUGCCUUCCUCUGUCUUAAAUCUUGGUUUAGCAGUCCCUGUGUGUUUUAUUAGCGUAGGCAUGAGUGGACAUAUACUGAUAUCUUGCCAUGUAGGAAUGUUAUGUGCAUAUAGUUGAAGCUGUGUAGCCUAAAUAAACGCUUGGGAAUAAUUUGGCCUAGCAGACUGACCUAGAUGUAGUCACUCAGGCAUGUGCAAACAGGACAGUUCUGUAAGUCAUUGUCUCAUAUUUGUGACAUAUUUUUCUAAGGUGAAUGCAAUCAGGGCAACCAAGCUCGUUUUAGAGACAUAAGCUCAAACAAACAGCAGAUAAUAACAUUUUCAUUUCAAAUCUAGAUUUGAUGUGAAGGAGUAAUCUAGGCAUGAUGGUUUUAUAUCUCAUUACAAUGUAUUUAAUUCCCUCUUAAGGAGCUCUAACUGAGACAGAUUCUUCUACAUUCUCAACACAGUGUACUAAGAGGAGAAGCAGUUUAUUUACAAGCAGUGUACACAUUUAACUCCAGAAUAACCACUACUCACAGCUCUGCCUUGCAAUAUUCUUACUAGGCAUUAAUAUUUAUGCUUAUUUCAAACUAACAAACAAACUUAUCAGAGCACUUAAUCAUAUGCUAAAUUACCACAUAGGUCAACUGGAUUUAAACUAUGUCUAACAUCUCUGCUCAUCUAAGAUCUUGAAGCACUGUAAAUUAUAGUAAUGGAAUUCCAGUUUGUCUGGAAAAAUCAGGUUAACUGUACUAGGCUACUGGAAAGCCAUUCCCUGGGGAAGUAUGCAGGCAGAAACAAUACCCUGUUCAUGUCAAUGAGUUAUGUGUUACUUAGUAGUACUAAGCAAAAUUUGUCAUACUAUAGAGUUUUGGCUCAUUCUGAAGUAGAUGUAUUUAAAUGAUCACUUGCAACAUAUGAAGAACUUGCAAACCACUUUCACAUGUGUGUUGAAAAACAGAUAUUCAGCAGGUUAGACGCUUUAGUGUACCAAGAAGACGAGCACUUAUUCAACUUAAAAAUAACAGUUGCAUAUUUAAUGGCAGGGUACAAUACUGAAAAUUCAACUACAUGUUUUGUUAAACAUUAUUCUUUGUUUUGUAUUAGAGUAAAAAUCAGGUUUCACUAGGCAAUCGAAUUCCUUGAUAUCUUCAAAAAUAAAUUCACUUGCUUGAAGGUUCUUGUUUGAUAUGAGUCUGUGUUUAAGACAGAUGUAAAUCUUUACAUGCAUUCGCUAACAUCUAUUCCAAGUAAUAUUUAAUGUCACUAACCAUAAAGGGGUUUUUUGGCCUUCUUCAUGAUCAGAAGUUUGGUUUUCCCUUUUAUGCUGUUCUGCAUUUGCUUAGAGUAACUGGUUAGAGGUCUGGUUUUAAACACCUCUUUUUUAAUCUUAAAACCUUUUCACGUUGAUCUCUUAGUUGAGAAUUAAUUGUCAAUAUGUAUAAAGGCAUCAUUUCAAAUAGAAGUUCUCUGACUCUUGUUAGCUUCUCUCGUGGCUUGUGCAUGUGUGUGUCCACAUUGCAUGCAAAGAAGUCAAAAACAGUUGAAGUUACAAUAAAAGAUCAAGUACUUAAAUGUUGGAAAGUAUCAUACAGGUUUUCUGUGCAACAU